AUGCGUCCGUCUCCUCGUCUCAUGAUGCAGGCCACCAAGGCUCUGCGUUCAGCUGGCCACCCAGACCCAAAGAACGGAGUAUAUAUGGGAUGGUGGGGUGACUUGGGUUCACCAAAGCAAAAGGGAAUCGUCACCUAUGCCAUGUCGCCGAACAAGCAAGACCCCAUGGCCGGCGCCUACAAGAAUGCCGUCUUCAACACCUAUCGCCGAACAUACCACCAGAUCCUGUACUGGCUUCCUCCUAUGGUUCUAGGAUAUGUGCUUAUGGAGUGGGCUACCGAGAGAAACGAGUACCUGAACUCAAAGCCCGGACGUAUGGAAGCCGAAGAGUAG